UGUCACGUGUGUUGUUUACUAUAAAUGCGUAUACGUCUAACGCAGAGACGUUCACUGACCUGACCCUGAACAAUAAGCUCCGACGGUCAUGAAAUACACCGUUUCUUUUGCACGUCACGCCAAACCCCAUUUAAAAGGUGAAUUAACCACGUUAAGCGGUCUACAACACGAUAGCAGUGGUCUUUAGUUACAACUAAAUGUAUGCUCAAAAUCAGUUCGAAGUGCUCUUCAAUACGGCUCACACCGAAUCAACCAAACACCGCUGACUGUCGUGAUAUCUUAGUCAUCUCACAAUCGUUCAUGGUGGUGAUCGGUCAAUAGGACUCGGAGGUCAGGAUGGGUCGCUCCUCCAAAGACAAGCGGGACAUUUACUACCGUCUGGCCAAAGAGGAGGGCUGGAGAGCGAGGAGCGCCUUCAAGCUGCUGCAGCUCGAUCACGAGUUCAGCCUGUUCUCAGGUGUGAACAGAGCAGUGGAUCUGUGUGCAGCUCCUGGCAGCUGGAGUCAAGUCCUCAGUCGGAAACUCAGAGGGCCGGAGGAGAAAGGCGAGCAGGUGAAGAUCGUGGCAGUGGACCUACAGGCCAUGGCUCCUCUGCCAGGAGUCACUCAGAUCCAGGGAGACAUCACCAAGGUGUCGACGGCACAGGAGAUAAUUCGUCAUUUUGAGGGUGAGCCGGCCGACCUGGUGGUGUGUGACGGAGCUCCAGAUGUGACUGGACUCCAUGAUGUGGAUGAGUACAUCCAGGCUCAGCUCCUAUUGGCUGCUCUGAACAUCACGACUCACGUCCUGAAACCUGGAGGGACGUUUGUAGCCAAGAUCUUCAGAGGUAAAGACGUGACUCUGCUUUACUCUCAGCUGAAGAUCUUCUUCACUGGUGUGACCUGCGCCAAACCCCGCAGCAGCAGGAACUCCAGCAUUGAGGCCUUCGUGGUGUGUCAGAAUUACUCCCCUCCUGAGGGUUACGUCCCCAACAUGUCCAACCCUCUGCUGGAUCAUUCCUACGAUGUGGACUUUAACCAGUUAGAGGGUCCAAACCGUGUCAUCGUUCCCUUCCUGGCGUGUGGAGAUCUCAGCGCCUUCGAUUCGGACAGGACUUACCCUCUGCAGCUGGAUGCUGGUAAACAGUAUCAGUACACACCCCCCGCCCAGCCGCCCAUACGACCCCCCUACGAGCAGGCCUGCCACCUCCGCAAAAACAACCUGCUCUCCAGAGAGGACGCUCUGUCCAACUGUCCCAGCCAGAGCCAAGACGAGACGGAGCCACCGGCCGAGUCCUCCUGAUCCGUCUGACUGCUGCUAAUUGGUGGAAAACAAAAAACAGGAGAAAGAGGACAUUGUUAUCAUGAAAGGACGGGGAAGGUUCUUCUGUCUGAUGAGACCCCGGACGCCAGUUUCUUCUCUGUGGGUCCACCACCGAGACAGGACCAGGACAUGUUUAGCCUACUGAUGUUGUUCCAGUCGGGUGAUGCAUGUUUUUAAUGUUUUGGCUGAUUUUUAUGUGGAAUACUUUGUGACAGACCCUUCAUCUGUCAAACUGAGGAAGUGUAAACAUUUUAUAUUUUAAAAAUAAAGAUCGUUUCUUGGAGGAAAA